AUGGCGGAUCCCAUCCCUAGAAAUCGAAGUAUUGUAUACAAGUAUGAGUUCAGACCUGAUCCAGCAGAAGGAGAUGGUAGAGAGUAUGGAUGCUUCGAGGAGUGA